UGUGCACAACUGAAGUACGACCCAGUAUAAAGGGCCUCAACGUCUUGAUUUCAUUUCUACCACAGCUUCGUCCACUCCGGGAAGGAUUCUUCUGGGACCUUCUGCAGCUCCAUUGUCAUAGCCGGCUCGAUGAUCUCCAUAUAUUAGAACUCCUUGAGCUUGGGAAAGAGUGGAAAAAAAUUCCCAUGGAGCCAGGUCAGCGGAUCUCCCCGUCAGCAGAACACCCCCCCCAAAAAAAUGAGGACCACCGCUGCCAUAUAAGGACAAAGCUCCAGUUUCGUCGCAGACCUUCCCAUAAUCGUCAGAAGACGCCCUUCUCCUGACGGGUGCCACUCAUUACGCUUGAAGAGAAGAUCCUGCCCGAAGUCGGGAGAGGCCGACGAUGUGCGCACACCAGCUGCGGCUCCGCGUUCAAAUGAUCCGCAGACGUCACGUGCUGAAAGUAAGACGAGCGCCACGGGCAGGCUUCGCUUUAACCUCCAGAGCGAGCUCUCAAAUUGCGGACGCAAAUAAUGGAUUCCAAAUUGGAAGACGUAGCUGGUGAAGCGACUUUGGAGAUUGAGUCUUCGCAGUCCGGAGGCAGAAACAAGGCAGAUUGUGGUAAGAAAGAAGAGAUCAACAAAAAGAGUCGCCCCGGCAACAAUCCGGGCAGAGUCAAGCGAGUCUUGUCGUCGAAGAGGAAGACGCGCCGCUUGGUGGCGGCUCGGAAGAAGCCCCAAGGCCCGGGCAAGGCACACGAUGCGGCCAAGAAAGGCCACCAGGUGACCGGUGCACAGGAUGCGCGGCAGCACCUGAUCGACAUGGACGCAAACAGGAACCACGAUGCGAGGAGGACGACUUCCCAACAGGAUGAGCUCUUGAAACUUGAUGAGCUCACAAGGGAUCACAGCGCAAUAACUGAGGUGCUCCUCGGAAGAAACCUGAGACUCAAAUUGGCCUCAACACUGUGGAGGAGACAUUUUGGAGAGUUGAUCACGUACUUCCUGAGAAUCCAAGAUGCCAGUGUCUUUGUCGACAUGCUCCCACUAAUAAGUCAACGUGUGGAUGAGGACGCACCCAACAUCACCAUCGGCUGUUGCGUGGACCUGUUCCCGUUGGUUCAGCAGCUCCUCACCAGUCCUUACGAAAAAUAUGUCACUGUCGGUUUAAUGUGGAUCAGUUCCGUUUUGAAACGGUGGUGGGGACAGCUCACGGCGAGCGGCUGCACUGGAUCGACCGAUUCUUCUUUGGAUAAAAACUUCCCCGUGUUUAAUCAGCAGUUGCUGGAGUUGUGGCACCAAGAGCCAGAACUGAAGUCUUUUCCUGGAGCUGCCGGAGACACGGCAAAGGCGCUGCUGCUCUUGCUGAGUCUAUUUGGAGUCGACGUGGAGCAUCUCCAAGCAGAGAACCUCCAUCUGCUCCCGUCCGAUCGGCGCAAUGAAGUCAUGAACCUUGGAAUGAGAGUGCUACCAAGAGAUUGUCACGAAAUGCUGACGAGCUCUUCGGGUCACGCCAGAGAUGGCGUCUACCUGAUCCAGCCGGGGGACGCCCCCGUUGUGGCGUACUGCGCCAUGCGGGAGGGAGGGUGGACCAUCGUGCAGCACAUCACCGUCAACAGCAGCGUCAAUUUCGACCGCCAGUGGGCCGACUACAAGCGCGGUUUCGGAGAUGUCACCGGGGAUCACUGGCUCGGGAACGAAUACCUUCACCAGCUCAGCCGAGGCCCGCCGCGCUUCAAACUGGGAGUAAAACUAGUGGACUGGGACGCCGUCACAAAGACGGGAGAGUACGACCCGUUCCUGGUGGAGGAUGAAUCGUCGGCGUACCGGCUGAGGCUCGGGUUGUUCCGGGGCACGGCCGUGGACGCCCUCACGCGGGACACCGACAACUACCUGCACGACAACCAGAAAUUCACCACCAAGGACAGAGACAACGAUAACUACUUCCAGAACUGCGCCGAGCUGGAGUUCCAGGGGGUGGCCGGCGGAGGUUGGUGGUACGACGCCUGCGCCGGCGCCAAUCUGAACCGCAGAAAUGUCAUCUACUGGCAGAAGGACUGCAACAAGGAGCGGCUGUGCAAGUACGCCUGGAUGAUGGUGAAGCCGUCAGACUCUGUGAAAAACGUUCAUUGCGGAAAGGACGAGCUAUGAGGUUGCUUUUUCUCCGCAACCAGCUGACUUGGCAAAAGUACUCGCACUCUGUACUUCAAAAGGAACCAAAGCAAAACUUUUUCUUUCUUUUCAAGGACUUGUUACACUUGCUCUCUCUUCGUUUCAAACCUUUCCGUCUCAGUUUAGUCUUAUAUUUGCGUUACACUAUCUUAAGUGCAACCAACGUCAUACAUUUCGAAAUCCACUUCAGGCAAUCCGGACCCUCGAGAGGGAAUUUAAUGCAUGUGACGCACGUGGUGCACUCAACUCAACCGGAACAACAAACACAUCUUAAUGAGUCUUUUGAUCUAAAAAAAAAAAAGGGAGCCGUACUGUCGGGAAUCGCGGGGAUGAUUCAGUCCUGCACGUUGUGUUCCCUUGCAAAAGUAUCUUUAUGAAGCCUCUCAAAAAUAAGGACGCAUACCUGAAAAACCUCCUUAAGUAGGGUUGUACUUUGCUACUUACCACUUCUGAUAUCAAAGAAAAACAAUCGACGUUAAAUUAAAAGUUGUGCAG